UAUGGCGGCUAAUUGUACGCUGAAGUGUUAUUAGAUUUGUCAAAAUCUGCAACUGUGUUCUCUUUUGAGUAUUUUCUUCUUCUUGGAAGAAAAUUCGAGGACAAAGUGAGGGUCACUGAACAAAUUGAGUCAUUAUGAGCGCCAACAGGCAAGGAAGCUCCAGAAAUGGCAGACGAACUUCGCCUGGGACUCCGAAGUCGCCUUCUUCGGGAGGAUUAAGUUAUCCUACGAUACGACAAAGAGGUUAUUACUCCGAUAUUCUAGGAGAAGGAUCAAAAGUAGAGCUUGGGAGUAUUACUGGUGGUCCAGCAGCCUCCAGAAGUACAUUAUGGAAAACUGCAAAAGUGAAGCAUAUGCCGGAAGUUCAAACAUUCAAGGGACCUAUGUCUUCUCAAGCACUGAGUUCUCUCCUAAAGGAUCAAGUUCAUGGACCAACUACAGCACCCAUUACAGUUUCUGACUUUCCUGAAAAAUCUUGGGAGCCCAAGGUGCAACUCCCAUACAAGGCAGAGCCAGGCCAAGUUCCUAGAAAAAUUGAAAUUGAAAGACAAAAGCGCAUAUUUUCCAAGCAAGAUAUUAACACACUACUGGAAGAGCUUGGAGUCAAGACAUCUGAGCUUAUGCCCAAAGGAGACUACAACAUGAGAGUUAAUCUCACAGGACCUGAUGCUUCCCCAUUUCCUGCCUUCUUACCUCUUCACAUAUUUGAUGACACAGAAUUUGAUUGUCGCAACCCAAAUGAGUGGUUGGAACUAGGCUUAGUCGAUGGUAAACAACAUCCAGUACCAGGAAAAGCACUAUUGUUGAGAGAGAGAGGGAAAAAUGGCAAAGGAUAUGCAUGGAGAGAUGUUGGUACACUAGAUUAUGAUGACAUGAAACAGUUGUUUUUGGUGCAAGUUGUUGGUACAGGAGGCCUCCAGCACAAUGUUAUCCCAGCAGCAAAUGGAGUGAUGGAAAAUGGUACAGUGAAUGGUGAAGCACAUGGCAGUGAGGAACCAAAAAGGAAACGUUCCAAAGUUGAAGGUGCACAGUUUUGGGUUCCACGAAUACAGCUAUUGUUUGCUGCUGAGGAUCCAAUAAACUUUGCUGAAAGAGUAGCCAAGGCAUAUGCCCUGCGUUGUGAAACAGAGGCUUUGCUCAGGUACAAUCUGUAUGUUGAUUGCAUGCCUAUGGAUGGAGUGGUCAGGCUUGAUCCCAGCUCAUUGGAAAGAAUGAUCACCUGGGCUAAAGGAACUAGAACACUGAAGAGUGACAAGAGCUUGGAUGAACAUGUGCACUUACUGUCUAAAGAAAUCCAAGUAGACUUCUCACGCAGCAUGAACAGGAUCACAUUUGACAGGAUAGUCAGUAGUAAACCAGAAACAUACCCCUUUGUCACUCUUCCUCAAGAAGAGGAAGAGGUGAUUCCUGAACGAGGAUUCCACCCAGAUGUUCCUUUAUAUCCCUUUGAUGAGAAGUUUGAUGACUUUGCUUUCAACUGUUUGCUGACCAGAGAGGAAGCCAUAGUGGCUAUGGCUAAAGUGAGAACUGAAUGCAAUAAAGUUGCUAGCAUGUCAGUGUUCCAGGUUCCUGUGUCAAAAAGUAUGAAACUGGAAGAAUUUGAACAAACACAAGCCCAAGUCAGCACACAGGUACAAAUAUUUUUGCGGGAUAGCUGGUUAAACACCCUCAGAACAGCUAUCCGCAGCAGCCUUUUGGAUGUGGGAAAGGGAUGGUUUAACAUGGAGGAAAGAAACUGGGAGGUUUACCAAAUCUCUAAGUUGGCCAAAUUUAUGCAGCUGGUGAAAUUUGCCAUGCAGGAUUCACUGCGUUACUUGGUACAGGAUUCCUUGGCAGCUUUUACUCAGAUGAUCCUGGAUGCCACCUACAGUGUAAUGGACCUAGGGGAAGACUUUGAUUGGGGUGAAGAUAUCAUAAACAGUAAUUACAAACCUAAAAAGAAUGCCUUGUUCAUGCUGGACCUGACAAUGGAGAAGACAGGAGUUCAGUACAACACUGAUCUGGAGAGCUUUGGCCGUGUGGUGAUUGCACUGUUCGACAAGGGCAUCACAUGUACAAAGAAUGUCCCACAACUGGAGAAGAUGGUGAUUGAAGGCUUAUUCUGGAGUGGAACACCUCUGCUUGAGUCUGUUGGUGAGAAUGAACCAGAGGUGGUGAAACUAAGAGAAACUGUACGACAGGCGAUCAAAAAGUCACUUAUUCCACUGAGAGCUUAUGCCAAGCAAUAUGAACAGUACUUGGAGCUGUACAAUAUGGAUAUAAAUCAAUAUCUAGAGGAAUACGAUUCACAAGAACGAUCUGCAUCAGAAGUGAAACAAGAGAUUGAACGACAUCUCAAAGAUAAAGAGACUUUGGAGAACUCUCUGCCAUCGAGCAUCGUGAUUGGUCCGUACUGGAUCUCUACGGAAGGAGUCAGACAGGCGCUUGCAAAGAAACGAAAAGCUCUGGCUAAUGCUGUUAUUGAACUGUUGGCCAAGAAACUUCGUAAACAAGCAGAUAUGGUCUGUGAGGAGUUCAAGACUAUUGCACGACAGUUGUACGACAAACCAAACAGCAUUGAAGAACUAGCAGAACAAAGAGAGUAUAUGAAGCAGAUUCCAGAACAGCUGAAGAAGAAUCAGGAACUGAUCGAUAAGGCCAUGAUCGACUACGAACUGAUUGAGGAAUUUAAUUACAAUAUCUCAGCGGAGGAUUUUAAUGCCAAGUGGACUUGUAUCGGUUGGCCUCAUAAAAUCCAGCUGCAGAUGGAGGCGACCGAAGCAAACCUUGAAGCAGACGAGGAGAGAUUCCAGAAGAAUCUGCUAGCAGAUCAGAACACCUUCCAAGACAGACUGGAUUCGCUGAAUAUGGCUGUAGCAGGAUUUGCUGCUCACACGGAUCUCAGUAAAUCACAUGAGGUGGCGAAUGAGGUGCGACGUCUGACUAAACAGCUCAAAGAAUGCCAGACGCUUGCCACCACCUACAACAACAGAGAGAGGCUGUUUGGGCUUCCUGUCACAUCUUACGAUAAGCUUGGCCGUUUGAUCAAAGACUUCGAGCCUUUUAAAAAUAUGUGGCUUACAGCUUCCGACUGGCAGAAAUGGUACGACAGCUGGAUGAACGAUCCACUUACAACAAUCGACGCCGAACAACUGGAACAGAAUGUGAGUAAUGCGUUCAAGACGAUCUUCAAGUGCGUCAAACAUUUCAAAGAGAUCCCUGCUUGCCAAGAAGUCGCCAUGGAGGUAAAGGAAAAGAUCGAGAACUUUAAGCCGUACAUUCCCCUCAUCCAAGGCUUAAGAAAUCCUGGAAUGCGAAGCAGGCAUUGGGAACAGUUAUCCAAAGAGCUUGGUUUUCCAAUCGUGGCAAAUGCACAGCUGACGUUUACAAAGUGUCUAGAGAUGAAGCUACAAGAUCACAUUGAGGUUAUUGCUAAAGUAGCUGAGAUCGCUGGUAAAGAAUACUCCAUUGAACAGGCGCUCGACAAGAUGGAGUCCGAAUGGAAGCCAGUCAUGCUGGAGGUCAUGCCUUAUAAGGAAACAGGCACGUUUAUCAUGAAAGUCAGCGACGACUGCUCUCAGCUAUUGGACGACCACAUUGUGAUGGCUCAGAGUAUGUCGUUUUCACCGUACAAGAAGCCUUUCGAGGAGCGAAUCACCACCUGGGAGAGCAAGCUGGUGAUGACACAGGAUGUUAUGGACGAGUGGUUACAGUGUCAGCGCCAGUGGCUGUAUCUGGAGCCCAUCUUCAGUUCAGAGGACAUCAACCGACAGUUGCCAGUUGAAAGCAAGAGGUAUCAGACCAUGGAGAGGAUAUGGAGGAAAGUGAUGAACAGUGCUAAGGGAAAUCCACAGGUUAUCUCUCUGUGCCCAGAUGCCAGACUUCUGGAGAGUCUUCGUGAAUGCAACAAGCUGUUAGAACAGGUUCAAAAAGGACUCAGUGAAUACCUGGAGACAAAACGUUCAGCUUUUCCCAGAUUCUACUUCCUAUCCGAUGACGAACUUCUCGAAAUUUUGUCUCAGACGAAAGAUCCUACUGCUGUUCAACCUCAUCUGCGCAAGUGCUUCGAGAAUAUUGCCAAGCUUUCAUUCGAGGAAGACUUGCGCAUUUCUUCCAUGUUCUCCGGCGAGGGAGAACGUGUUCCAUUCAGCAACAGUCUGUACCCGACAGGAAAUGUGGAGGAUUGGCUGCUGGAAGUGGAGAACACUAUGAGAGGGAGUUUGCGAGAGAUUUUACACAGAGCCUUAACAGUGUACCCAGAGACUCCUCGCACCGAGUGGGUGUUACAGUGGCCAGGGCAGGUAGUUAUCGCUGGAGCUCAGACUCACUGGACCAAAGAGGUAUCAGAAGCAUUGAUAGAGAACAGGAUAGACGAGCUCUAUAAGGCAUUAAUGGCUCAACUCAACGAUCUCGUAACUCUGGUGAGAGGAAACCUCAGUAAGCUUGCACGGAUGAUUCUUGGGGCUCUUAUCGUGAUUGAGGUUCAUGCUUGCGAUGUGGUAGCAAAGAUGAUCUCGGAGAAAGUCAAGAACGUGAAUGACUUUGAGUGGAUAAGCCAGUUGAGGUAUUACUGGGAAGACGACAUGAUCAUUCGCGCGGUCAAUGCACAGUUCGACUAUGGCUACGAGUACCUAGGGAAUACAGGUCGGUUGGUCAUCACCCCCCUGACAGAUCGCUGUUAUUUAACUCUCACUGGAGCUUUGCAUCUGAAAUUCGGAGGGGCACCCGCUGGUCCUGCUGGAACGGGAAAGACAGAGACCACAAAGGAUUUAGGUAAAGCCAUGGCAGUUCAGUGUGUUGUGUUCAACUGCUCUGAUCAACUGGAUUUCAUGGCCAUGGGCAAGUUCUUCAAGGGUUUGGCCAGCGCCGGUGCUUGGGCCUGCUUUGAUGAGUUCAAUCGUAUAGACGUUGAAGUAUUGUCUGUGGUAGCACAACAGAUUUCCACCAUCCAACAAGCUUUGGAAGCGAGGGCUGAACGCUUCAUGUUUGAAGGUGUUGAGCUGGCACUGAAGCCCUCUUGUGCUGUGUUCAUUACAAUGAAUCCUGGAUAUGCUGGAAGAACAGAGCUUCCGGAUAAUUUGAAGGCUUUAUUCCGUCCUGUGGCCAUGAUGGUUCCAGAUUACGCGCUGAUCGCUGAGAUCAGUCUUUUCUCAUUUGGUUUUUCGGAAGCGAAAGCUUUGGCGAAAAAAAUUACCACAACAUUCAAGUUGUCAUCGGAACAACUCAGUUCUCAGGAUCACUACGACUUUGGUAUGCGAGCUGUAAAGACUGUCAUAUCAGCCGCUGGAAACCUCAAAAGAGAAAAUCCAGAGAUGAGCGAGGAACUUAUUGUACUGCGUGCCAUACGAGAUGUGAAUGUGCCGAAGUUUUUGCAAGAUGAUUUGAAAUUGUUCCGUGGCAUUGUUUCUGACUUGUUCCCUAAAGUCAAAGAACAACCUAUUGACUAUGGUGAUCUGGAAGAUUCCAUCCGUAAGACGUGCCUGAAAAUGGGACUUGAAGAUGUGGAUGGAUUUGUGACCAAGUGCAUCCAGCUGUACGAGACAACAGUGGUCAGGCAUGGGCUCAUGUUAGUGGGUCCUACUGGAUCAGGGAAAACAAGGUGCUACGAAGUGCUUCAGAAAGCUCUGACGUCGCUUAAAGGUAAAGAUUCACCAGCAGGGACCCCGUAUGAAGAGGUUCACACGUUUGUGCUGAAUCCUAAAUCUAUCACUAUGGGACAGCUGUACGGAGAAUUUGAUUUGUUGACUCAUGAAUGGACCGAUGGUAUCUUGUCUUCCAUGAUUCGGGUUGGCAGCUCAAGCACAACUAGUGACAAGAAAUGGUACCUGUUUGACGGGCCUGUAGACGCCGUGUGGAUUGAAAACAUGAACACUGUGCUUGAUGAUAACAAAAAACUUUGUCUUACGAGUGGAGAAAUCAUCAAACUAACUGAGGCAAUGACGAUGAUGUUCGAAGUCCAGGACCUUGCUGUUGCCUCCCCAGCCACUGUUAGCCGUUGUGGUAUGGUGUACUUGGAGCCUAGCAUCUUGGGCCUCAAGCCUUUCGUGAACUGCUAUUUGAAAACUUUGCCAGACGCUAUCUUUGAUCAUAAGGACAAGUUACAGUCACUCUUUGAUAGAUUCUUAGAGGAUUCACUGAAGUUUAUGAGAAGUAACACAAAAGAGUUUGUACCGACUGUCAACAGUAAUUUAACAUCCAGCCUGAUGCGUAUUCUGGAUUGCUUCUUUGCUCCAUUUGUCCCUAAAGAGGGAGAGACGAUUCGUUCAGAGCACAUUGCUUUGGCCGAAACCCUGAUUGAACCCUGGUUUAUCUUUGCUCUUGUCUGGUCCGUUGGAGGAACAUGCGAUGGAGACGGAAGGAAGAAAUUUAGUGAAUUUUUGAGGAAGAAAAUGGAUGACGAGAAGAUUACUAUGAUGUUUCCACGUGACGGUCUGGUAUACGAUUACGCACUAGAGGAUGGUGGAGUCAGUCGAAAGCACAGCAAGGAUGAUGACGAUGAGGAGGAACAUGCAGGGGAGGUGAAGUGGGUAAACUGGAUGGCUAACAUAUCCAUGCCUGACAUUCCACCGGAGAUGAACUUCUCCGAUAUCAUCAUACCCACCAUGGACUUGGUCAGAGGUUCAUUUUUGCUAGAAACGCUGCUAACAAACAACAAGAAGGUGAUGAGUGUUGGACCAACUGGCUCUGGUAAGACUCUUUGUAUAGCCAACAAACUUCUGAACGACAUGCCUAAAGAGUUCCUUUCGCAUUUCUUGAAUUUUUCUGCUCGAACAUCUGCUAAUCAAACGCAAGAUAUUAUAGACAGCAAACUGGACAAGAGACGUAAAGGUGUGUUUGGUCCUCCACUGGGGAAACACUUCGUGUUUUUUGUCGACGAUCUUAACAUGCCUGCCUUGGAAGUGUAUGGAGCCCAGCCUCCUGUAGAAAUCCUGCGCCAGUACUGCGAUCAUAAGGGCUGGUACGACAGGAAGGCCAUUGGAACCUUCCGUGAACUGGUGGAUAUAAACUUUAUAGCGGCAAUGGGACCCCCAGGGGGUGGUAGAAAUCCCGUCACACCUCGAUUCCUCAGACACUUCAAUCAUUUGUCAUUCACCGAGCUGGAAGAUGAGAGUAAACAGCGAAUCUUCGCUACAAUUCUCAAGUCCUGGAUAGCUUCAUACGUAGGUGAAGACAGAGAAACACUCUGUGACAGUCUGGUACGGAACACCAUCGCCGUUUAUAACACUGUUAUCACACAGCUACUGCCCACUCCAGCCAAGAGCCACUACACCUUUAACCUGCGUGACUUGUCAAAAGUUUUCCAAGGAAUUCUCAUGGCUCAAUCGGGGAAACUUGAGAACAAAGAAGAUGUGCUGAGGCUGUGGUACCAUGAGAACUGCCGAGUGUUUCAAGAUCGACUUGUCAAUGAUGAGGACAGGAAGUGGUUCGUGGAUCUGAUUCGGGACAAGAUGGCGUCUGGGUUUGAGUCGUCUUUGAAUGACGUUGUCAAAGAUUCCACUAUGAUUUAUGGUGAUUUUAUGGUGCCCAGUGCUGAGAAUAAGAUUUAUGGUGAAGUUGCCAGUUUUGAAAAGAUGGUGAAAAUAAUGGAAGAGUACCUUGAUGACUACAAUCAAAUCAACACGGCGCAGAUGAAGCUGGUGCUCUUUACUGACGCAGUUCGUCACGUGUCACGAAUCAGCCGUGUGAUUCGCCAGCCGCUGGGUAACGCUCUACUUCUGGGUGUGGGAGGCAGCGGACGUCAGAGCCUGACAAGGCUUGCAGCCCACAUGGCCGAAUACGAGUGUUUCCAGAUUGAGUUGGCGAAAAAUUAUGGUGUUCCUGAAUGGCGUGAAGACCUGAAAAAGGUGCUGCUGAAGUCAGGUGUAGAGAACAAAUCGAUGGUUUUUCUCUUCAGUGACACACAGAUUAAAAGCGAAAGUUUCUUAGAAGAUCUGAACAACGUUCUAAAUGCUGGUGAUGUACCUAACAUAUUCGCACAAGAUGAGCUCGACGCGAUCUUCACAGCUAUGAAGCCGGUGGUUCUUGAUCAGGGUCUUCAGCCCACCAAGGCCAAUCUAUACUCAGCUUUCACUAAACGAGUGCGGGCCAACACACAUACUGUUGUCUGUAUGAGCCCAAUUGGUGAAAUAUUCCGAGCACGUCUCCGCCAAUUUCCGUCUUUGGUCAACUGCUGUACCAUUGAUUGGUUUUCUGCUUGGCCCAAGGAGGCCUUACGAUCCGUGGCGUCAACUUUCCUCGGAGAAAUUCCCGAACUGGAUGAAUCUUCGGCAAUGGAAGGCUUGGUGUCAAUCUGUGGAGUCAUUCAUCAGACAGUGGCUCAAAAGUCCAAGCAAUACUUGGCUGAGUUGUCCCGCCACAACUAUGUUACACCCACCAGCUACUUGGAGCUUCUAGGGACAUUUCGAAAGUUGGUGGGCAUGAAAAAGACGGAGUUGUCUACGGCGAGAAACAGGACAAAAGUUGGGUUGGACAAGUUGCUAAGUACAGCUGAUGAGGUGGAGAAGCUACAAGAAGAAUUGGAGACCAUGCAGCCGUUGUUGGCUCAGGCAGCUGAAGAAACUGUAGAGACAAUGGAGAAGAUUAAAGUGGACUCGGUUGUUGCCAACGAGACUAAAGUUGUUGUACAGCGAGAAGAAGAGGAAGCCGCUAAAAAAGCUGCAGAAACCCAGGCCAUUGCUGAUGACGCUCAGAGAGACUUGGACGAGGCCUUGCCAGCACUGGAAGCGGCCCUGACGAGUCUGAAGUCCUUAAAUAAGACUGAUGUCGUGGAGGUUCGAGCUCUUCAGCGUCCUCCUCCAGGUGUGAAGCUUGUGAUUGAAGCUGUCAGCAUAAUGAAAGGCGUCAAGCCCAAGAAGAUUGCGGGAGAAAAGGUUGGGACAAAAGUAGAUGAUUACUGGGAGCCUGGUAAAGCUUUGCUUCAAGACCCUGGAAAAUUUCUUGAAAGUCUCUUCAAGUUCGACAAGGACAACAUCCCCGAUCCAGUGAUUCAGAAAAUACAACCGUAUAUAGACAACGAAGAUUUCCAACCAGCUAACAUUGCCAAGGUGUCGAAGGCGUGUACGUCCAUCUGCCAAUGGGUACGAGCUAUGCACAAAUAUCACUUCGUGUCUAAAGCAGUAGCUCCUAAACGGGCUGCUCUAAAACAAGCCACUGAAGAGCUACAAGAAACCCAACGUGUUCUUGCGGAGGCUAAAGCUCGGCUGGCCGAGGUGGAGGAAGGCAUCGCGUCCCUUCAGGCCAAAUACGAGGAGUGUAUUGCCAAGAAACAGGAAUUAGAGUUUAAAACAGAACAGUGCUCGGCCAGACUUGGUCGAGCUGAAAAGUUGAUUGGUGGCCUCAGUGACGAAAAAAUCCGCUGGCAUGAAUCAGUGCUGUCAUUUGAUGGUCAGAUUGUAAAUAUUGUUGGUGACGUCAUGAUUUCAUCCGGGGUAAUCGCCUACCUUGGCACUUUUACGGGCGAAUACCGCGUGUCAAUGGUUGAGGAAUGGUUAAGAGAAUUACGUGGUCUGGAAAUCCCUCACUCAGACAACUGUUCACUCGUGCCAACACUUGGAGAUCCUGUAAAGAUUCGCAACUGGCAGAUUGCUGGUUUGCCCCGUGACACGCUGUCUGUGGAGAAUGGUGUUAUUGUGCAGUUCUCUCAGAGGUGGCCACUGUUUAUUGACCCUCAGGGGCAGGCUAACAAGUGGAUUAAAAGCUUAGAAAAAGACGCCGGUCUUGACGUAAUCAAACUCAGCGACCGAGAUUUUUUACGAAGCUUAGAAAACGCUGUGCGUUUCGGUAAACCGUGCCUGUUAGAAAAUGUUGGAGAAGAACUGGAUCCAGCUUUAGAACCUAUAUUGCUAAAACAAACAUUCAAGCAGUCAGGUAGUACAGUGAUCAAGCUCGGAGACGCCAUCAUCCCUUAUCACGAUGACUUUAAGUUUUACAUUACUACAAAGCUUCCUAACCCACACUACACUCCUGAAGUGUCCACAAAGGUCACUAUUGUCAACUUCACUCUUUCACCAGGCGGUCUUGAAGAUCAGCUUUUAGCUCUGGUGGUUGCUGAGGAGAGGCCUGACUUGGAAGAAGCCAAAAAUCAGUUGAUUGUCAGCAAUGCAAAAAUGAAACAAGAGCUCAAAGAGAUUGAAGAUAAGAUUCUCCACAAACUAUCGGCAUCUGAAGGCAGCCCUGUGGAUGACAUUGAUUUGAUUCAUACACUGGAACAGUCUAAAGCCAAGUCCAUGGAAAUCAAGGCUAAAGUGGUGAUUGCAGAACAGACUGAAAAAGAUAUUGACGAGACACGUAGUCAAUACAUCCCUGUAGCUGUCAGAACUCAGAUACUCUUCUUCUGUACUUAUGACUUGGCUAACAUAGACCCUAUGUACCAGUACUCUUUGGAGUGGUUUAUCCGCAUCUUUCUUAACAGUAUAGCAAACGCUGAAGCGUCAGAUAACUUGGAAAAGCGUAUCGUAAACAUCAACGACUAUUUCACAUUCAGCUUGUACUCUAACGUGUGUCGCAGUUUGUUCGAAAAAGACAAACUUUUAUUCUCAUUCCUCGUGUGCGUCAGAAUCCUGAUGAACGACAAUAAGAUUAACAUGGAUGAGUGGCGUUUCCUAUUGGCUGGUGGCUCUGCUAUUCCCAAGGAGAUUGAGAACCCCGCCCAGGACUGGCUGUCAGACCGGGCCUGGUCCGAAAUACUUCGACUUCCAGUGUUGCCUAAGUUUGCCAAUUUUGCUGAAGACUUCAAGAAUCACAUAGAGGGAUUUCGAAGAAUGUUUGACAGUGCUGACCCACACCGUGAGCCGUUGCCUGAACCGUGGAACACUGACCUGGAUUCGUUCCAGAAGCUUCUUGCGUUGAAAUGCUUGAGAGCUGACAAAGUUACUAAUGCAAUGCAGGAUUUUGUUUCUGAAAAUCUUGGCCAGCGGUUCAUUGAACCCCAGACGACGGAUUUGUCUCUUGUGUUUAAAGACUCGUCUCCUACCACUCCACUCAUCUUCGUGUUGUCAGUUGGAACUGACCCAGCCGCAGACCUGUAUAAAUUUGCUGAAGAAAUGAGGUUUUCAAAGAAGCUUAGUGCAAUUUCUCUCGGCCAGGGUCAGGGUCCUCGCGCAGAAGCUAUGAUGCGCUCGGCCAUGGAGCGCGGAAAGUGGGUAUUUUUUCAGAACUGUCAUUUAGCCCCAAGCUUUAUGCCCAGUCUUGAAAGACUCGUGGAGAAUAUCGAUCCAGACAAGGUGCACCGUGACUUCCGCCUGUGGUUAACCAGCAUGCCAAGUCCCAAGUUUCCAGUCUCUAUUCUACAGAAUGGUUCAAAAAUGACCGUGGAACCUCCGCGGGGGAUUAAAGCCAACUUAUUGAGAUCUUUCACGGGAUUUAGUGACGAGUUCUAUGCAAGUUGCAAAAGGGAAGAAUUCAAGUUCCUUCUUUUCUCGCUGUGUCUUUUCCAUGGGGUCACCUUGGAGAGAAGGAAAUUUGGUGCUCUGGGUUUUAACAUCCCGUACGAGUUUACCACUGGAGACUUAAGGAUUUGUAUAAGUCAGCUGAGCAUGUUCUUAGAGGAGUACGAAGAGGAAAUACCUUUCAAGGUUCUAAAAUAUACUGCUGGACACAUCAAUUAUGGCGGUCGUGUUACCGAUGACUGGGAUCGCCGGUGUAUAAUGAACAUCUUAAAUGAUUUCUACUCACCUGACGUGCUCAGCAGUGAGCACAAGUUCUCCGAAUCUGGAAUUUAUCUCCAGCUUCCUCUAACAUCUGAUCACGAGCAUUAUCUUCGAUACAUUCGUGGUUUACCAAUCAACGAUACUCCAGAGAUAUUUGCUCUUCAUGACAACGCCAACAUCACUUUUGCUCAGAACGAGACGUUCAGUUUACUUCAAGGAAUACUCAAGAUGCAGCCACGUGCGUCAUCUGGGGCGGGAAGGUCGCGUGAAGAGGUGAUGGAAGAGGCUGGCCGCAGUAUUCUAGAGAAGGUACCUCAACCUAUUUCGGUUUCCAUGGUGAUGGAAAAACACCCUGUGCGGUACGAGGAGUCGAUGAACACGGUGUUAAUCCAAGAAGUGAUUCGUUACAACAAACUGUUAGAGACUGUCAGACAGACAUUAAACGAUCUGCUUAAAGCACUCAAGGGUCUGGUGGUGAUGUCACAGGCUCUGGAGACAAUGGCAAACAGUAUCUAUAUUAACUCUGUACCGGAAUUAUGGGCCAGUAAGGCCUAUCCGUCUUUAAAACCGCUGGCGUCCUGGGUAACUGAUUUGGUGGCUCGAGUUCAAUUCAUUGAUAAGUGGAUUGAACAUGGAAUACCUCCAGUUUUUUGGAUAUCAGGUUUCUUCUUCCCUCAAGGAUUUUUAACCGGAACUUUGCAGAACUUUGCGAGAUCUUCUUCGAUCUCAAUUGAUGUGAUCACAUUCGACUUUGAGGUUAUGAAGAAAACCGAAGCAGAGUUAACCUCUCGCCCCAAUGACGGAUGCUUCAUUCGGGGUCUCUUCCUCGAAGGUGCUCGAUGGGACUACGACAAACACGAAUUGACCGAAUCCCGACCGAAGGAGUUGUACACCGACAUGCCGAUCAUUUGGUUGAAACCAACGGCGAACCGAGAGAAGCCGAGCAAGGGUAUCUAUGACUGCCCAGUGUACAAAACGUUGACCAGAGCUGGUACACUAUCCACAACAGGCCAUUCCACAAAUUUUGUUCUUCCAAUUGAAUUGCCAAGCAGUCAGCUGCAGCGCCACUGGAUCAAAAGGGGUGUGGCUCUCAUGUGCGCUUUGAACUAUUAAACUUCUUUACGUAGAGUCGAACAAGCCGUGAGUGUCAUAAAAAAGAACGUUUUUCUCGCCUGGUUUUCGAAAAAUUUCAGAUUUUUAGCUAUUUGCUUCCGUUUCAUUUUGGUUAACGGUUUAGUCAAAUUACAUAUCGUGUUUCUUCGCCUUUAACUUUUUAAAAAGUGUCGUUUGUAUGAUAAGCUAUAAGUUUGUGGGUCAUACGAUCCAAACGACAUUGCGAGUGUAAAUAGUUCCAUAUUUUUGUACGUUGUUUGUUUUCCUCAGGUUGGCAACGUCUCUUUCGCGUGUUUGAAUGCCAGUUCGUGCGUGAAUUAUAAUUUAAACAAA